AAGAUCGUCCCGGCAACCAUUCUCACCGGAUAUCUAGGAUCCGGAAAAACUACACUGCUCAACUACAUUUUGACAGAAGAGCACGGCAAGCGUAUAGCCGUAAUUAUGAACGAGUUUGGCGACUCCCAGGGUAUCGACCAGUCGUUCACCUCGGUUAACAACGGCGAGUUGGUCGAAGAAUGGUUGGACUUGAAAAACGGUUGUCUCUGCUGCACAGUCAAGGACAAGGGACUCAAGGCCAUUGAGUCUUUAAUGGAGCGCAAGGGCAAAUUCGAUUAUAUUCUUCUGGAAACCACCGGCCUGGCAGAUCCUGGAAAUAUAGCCACUAUGCUGUGGUCCAACGAAGAGCUGGGAAGUGACAUCAGGUUGGACGGCAUAGUGACCAUGGUUGACGCUAAGAACAUCCACAGGCAGUUGGAAGAGAAAGCACUGUCGGGCGAAAAUAUGAACGAGGCGCAGAAGCAGGUGGCGUUUGCCGACCGAAUUGUGCUGAACAAGACGGAUUUGGUCGGGGAGCAGGAUCUGCUGGACAUCGAGGCGAUGGUUUUAAACAUAAAUGGGACGGCCAAAGUCUAUCGCUCCUCUUUUGCAAGGGUCGAUUUGAAUACCAUAUUGAGCAUCGGUGCUUAUGCGGACAUCAGCCCAGAGACUUUGCCCUUUGUCAGAGACGCCCAUUCUCACCACCAUAUUGACAAAACAAUUAGCACCAUGGCACUCGAGGCGCCGGGGAGACUGCAUUGGCCCAAGGUCGACGAGUGGAUCCAGGAGCUCCUGUGGGACUCGCGUGUUCCAGGUGGAAAUAGCACUGAUACUGCAAUGGAGAUGCUCAGACUUAAGGCGCUUCUUUUAGCAUCAGACUUUACACCUGUUGGUGGCGACCAAAUAGUCGACCAAGCCACUGUUGUAGUGCAGGGCGUGCGCGAGAUGUACGAU